GGCCGGCGCCGCGCCGACCUGUACGCCGGCGUCGACAUGUUCGGCCGUGGCUCGCUGGGUGGCGGCGGAUUCAACGUAAUCCAGCCGGUGGCCGAGUCGCGCUGGCUGGGUCUCUCGACGGCGCUGUUCGCCCCCGGAUGGACACACGAGCGGCUCGGCGCCGACCGGUUCGCGCUGGCCGAGGACGUGCUGUGGUCGCGGCUCUCGACACUACUCGGCGCCCGUGGACCCGCCCGUCUGCCGCUCGUCACCGACUUCUGUCAAGGCCGCGGACUGAAGCUCUGCGCCGACGGCCAGGUGACACGCGCCAAGCCGUGGCAUCGGCUUUCGGCCCAGAGUCCGCAGCCGACCUUCCUGCAGACGCGGCGGCCGGCCGAGCUGGCGCUGACCGACGCCGACGGCCGGCCGGUGCAGGCCGGCUUUGCCCUGCGCGCACCAGCCCUCGGCGCCUCGGCAAAACGGGAAGAUGCUCGUACGAUGGAACAGCGCCGGCUCGAAGCUGUCUCUGCCGCUGGUGAGGUGCUACCCCAGCCGGGCUGGCAGGUGCGCCACACAGAUAAGGACGCCUUCAGUGGUGGCGGCUGUCUGGCCGUCAGCAACGCCUCAGACCAGGACGGCGUGUUCAGGCUGUUUGCGUGUGACCUGAGCCUGAGCUCCGGCCGGCAGUCGCUGGCCGUGCUGUACGCCGUGAAGACGACGGACGACGGCUGCGCCCUCUGCGUGGAUCUGACGGAUCGGCGGGAGCCGGGUGUCAGCCGUUACGUGCUAGAGCCACCCAGCGGCCUGCUGGGGACCGAGCCGGGUCUGCGAGCCGACGCCCGUCGUCUGUCAGUGCACCUGCCGGUGCCGGCUGACCAGGCGGAGGCCCGACUGGCGGGCCGUCCUCUGCCCGGUCCGGGUCACAACGGCUGGCAGAUCAGACACUACCUGUUGCCGGUGUCCGGGGACGACCCGCGGGUCGUCUCGAUCGGUCUGUUCCUGGCGGCGCGCACCUCGCUGCUAAUCGGCUACCUGGCGCUGCAGUCAACCCAGCCGCCCUAGGGCCUGCCGCCAGCCCGGCCGCGGGGCUGGUCAGCCUGGCGCCGCGGCAGGCAGAGCCUUCAUGCUGAUGCGAUCGGGUCACAACUGGGAGCAAUGACAAACGAAGUCAAGUUUUUUUUUUUUACUUCUCCGUUCGUCGAACGGGCUGAAGAACAGUGCGGUUUCCACCGUGAUGUGUAUUUUCCUGUGCGUUCCACUGCGGUUUGGAAUAAAUGAUAAAUCCAUAUGAAUACAAAAUAUACAGAAA